AUGCAACGGCACGGCGGCUGCAACGGCACGGCGAAGGAGAUUGCUGAUGUGGCAUCAAGCAAGCUGGAAGCUAAAGAUGGAGUGGCCAGCCUCAAGACGUACGCAGUGGGCUCCAAGGCAAUGCCCAACCUGUGGCACGCUCGCCUUGGACACGUCCACUUCGAUGCGGUGAAGCGGACAGCCACGAGCGGUGGCGUGUUUGGUAUGGACCUGGAGAAAGGAGGUGAGGAUAUGCCGUGCACUUUCUGCCAUGAAGCCAAACUCACUCGUGAAUCAUUUCCGCUGCACGACGAGCGAGAGGAGCAGAAUCCGCCGCCACCACGUACCGUCAUCGUGGUCCCGGUACCGUCCGUGCAAGGGGGCGAGAAACCCCUUGAUCACUCGGUGGGCCCUUUGGGCAGCAAGGCACCUACUGCACCUCCUCCUCUUGGUCCACCCUCCGUUGCUGAUUCGGCGCCCGUAGGACCAGAGGAUGGUCCUUUGAGAGUUGACACCAGCAUGGCUGAUCACGAGGAGGAAGAAGAAGUAGCAGUGGAUGAGCAGUCACCAAUGGCCCAUGAGCAUGAGCCUUCACCUGCAGCCCCCCCCCUCCAGCCCAUUCCACCACCCCCACGUCGCUCCAGCAGGCCUAACAAGGGGGUGCCACCCGUACGGUUUCAGCCAUCAGCCAUGACGGCCCUGGAUGCGGAUGAAGAGGACAACCCGUACGACGUGGCAUACCUUGCUGAGGACGAGUGCGACACGGACAGCGAUGACGAAGUGGAGUACCCGGACGAGGAUGAGGAGGAGGAAGGUGCUUGGGGAGGUGUCAUCCUCGACCUGGCAGCUGCGUUGACCGGACCUGAAGGCAAGGAAUGUGCGUACGUGGCGAAGGUGCAGCAGCGGUACUUCAAAGGGGCACCACCAAAGAAGCAGCCGAUCACUCCUCUCUCCUCUGCCAGCUUUGCCAAGGAAGAUGCCGGGCAGUUUGCCAACCUCGCCUUGCAGUAG